AAACCCGAAAGAGCGAUGACUCGUCUAACAAUUCCAGUCGUAGUUGGAAAUCCACGUCCAGGUUUUCGCACGGCCCGCGUGUGCGCGAGCCUGAGAGGGCAGCAGCGCUGCGUGAAGGCAGCAGUGGGAAGCAGAAAGACGAUGGCCGCCUCUCUGACUCUGACCCAGCUCUCCAGUGGAAAUCCCAUUUACGACAAAUACUAUCGGCAGGUGGAUCCCAGAGGCAGCGGGAGAGUGGCAGCAGCUGACGCAGCUCUGUUCCUGAAGCGGUCGGGCCUGGCAGACGUGGUUCUGGGCAAGAUUUGGGAUCUGUCUGACUCGGAACGGAAGGGUUCUCUCAACAAACAGCAAUUUUUCAUCGCCCUGCGCUUGGUGGCUUGUGCUCAGAAUGGCCUGGAGGUGGCACUCAAGAGCCUUAAUGUGGCUGUUCCACCCCCCAAAUUUCAGGACACAGCCAGCCCGCUGUUAGCAGGGGCCUUAACCACUGAUCUCGCCUGGGUCGUCAAGCCUGAAGAGAAAUUGAAGUUUGACUCCAUCUUUGACAGCCUUGGUCCGGUCGGAGGGAUGCUAACAGGAGACAAAGUCAAGCCUGUCCUGCUCAACUCCAAACUGCCAGUCGACAUUUUGGGCCGGGUGUGGGAGCUCAGUGACAUCGACAGAGACGGCAUGUUGGACAAAGAUGAAUUCUCUGUGGCCAUGUAUUUGGUGUACAGAGCCCUGGAAGGAGAAACUGUUCCCAUGUCUCUCCCGCCUCCCCUGGUUCCACCCUCCAAAAGAAAAAAACCCUCGGUGCCUCCCGUGAUGCCCUUGUUACCCUCGCCCCCCUCCAUCAAAGACAGUCGCGCCUCCCAUGCUGGCUCUAAGGCCAUGCCCCACCCCCCUAAACCCACCCCAGCUCCUGCCCCGACGCCAGCAGCCGCCCCUUGGGUGGUGUCGCCGGCGGACAAAGCCAAAUAUGACGAACUCUUCAGCAAGACAGACGGAGACAUGGAUGGCCUGGUGUCUGGAGCCGAAGUCAGAGAUAUUUUUCUCAAAACGGGGCUGCCUUCUGCUACCCUGGCACGCAUCUGGGAGCUUUGUGACAUUGGCGACAUUGGAAAACUGACUCGAGAGCAGUUCGCUCUUGCAUUACAUCUGAUCAAUCAGAAGUUGACAAGAGGUCUGGAGCCUCCGCAGAGCCUUUCCCCGGAGAUGAUCCCUCCCUCUGACAGACUUAACAUCAAACAGAACAAUUUGGCCAACCUGGCAGCUGACUUCUCUGCCAUCAAGGAGCUGGACUCUCUCAGUAAUGAAAUUGUCGAACUACAAAGGGAGAAAGCCACGGUGGAAGACGAGAUCAAGGAGAAAGAGGCGGCCAUCAGUGAGCGCAGCAACGAGGUCCAGGACCUGCAGGGUGAGGUGGCAAGAGAAAGUGAGGCACUGCAGCAGCUUCAGACUCAGCGUCAGAAGGUCCAGGAGGCUUUGGAGGAGCUGGACCAACAGAAAGGCUCACUGGAGGAGCAGCUGGCCCACAUUCGCCAGCAGACCAGCCAAGAGAGCCAACUGAUUACAUCGCUGCAGUCGGAGCACGAGGAGCAGGAGCAAAGGAUAUGUCAGUACGAGGAGGACCUGGUCCAGGCUCGAGAGGAGCUUCUAGCUCUGCAGGAGGAGAGCAGGAAACUGCAGGACAAGGUGCAAGCCGCACAGGAGCAACUCACACCUCUGCAGGAGUCUGUGCGCGACUCCUUCACACAAGUUGCUCAGGUCCAACACAGACUGAAUGACCUUCAGGUGGAGGAGAGGUCGAUGGCAGCCCAGCUAAGCUGGAAGAGAGCUUUGGAAGACGACUCUCCUGUCAUGGUCAACGGAUCGGCAGGGCCCACGCCAGAGCUCUACCGCAGGGACCCCUUCCAGGAGGACCAACCUAAAGAGCAAACGGAAGAUGAACCAGCUGCUCCCUCACACCUCCAAAAAGAACUCUCAGAACAAACAGAGAAAGGAUUGAAGGAGGAGAAGGAGGAAGAGCGCCCCGAGACUCCAGAAGAGGAAAAACUGAAGCCUGAUGCUUUGGAUGACCUCUAUACUAGCUUGGCCUCCUCUGACAAGUACACAAUUCUGUCGACGCGUCCCAAGCCACAGGAGAAAACUGUGAAUGAACACAAUAACCCUUCACCUGAUGUGUCCUCGGAAGCCCAAGAUGAUGCCGUGGCGUCACCUAAAACAAGCCCACCUAAGCAGGUGUCAUCACCAGACCCAGAGGUCAAACAGGAAGCUGCAGCCUCGUCAGAAGUCAUUCCAUCUUUAUUACCAGCUCAAGCGCUUCCUCCACGCGCUGCGCCGGCCCAAACCAGCCAGCCAUCUCUGCCCGAGAUGGACUUCUUCCACGCAGAUCCAUUUACAGAACAUGAUCCGUUUAAAGAUGACCUCUUUGGAAAAGUGGACACUGCUGAUCCAUUUGGGGGAGAUCCUUUCAAAGGGUCAGACCCUUUCGCUACAGACAAUUUCUUCACGCAAACCGCCAGCAGCCAUCUUCCCUCAGACGACCCUUUUUGUGGCUCCACGGACCCGUUUGGGAACACCGCUGAUGCGCCAGAGCCAGACCUGUUCGCGGCCAAGCGCAACGAUCCUGCCUCAGCAACAGCGACAGAACCGGACCCUUUCACCUCCCAGCCUACGAAUCCAGCCGCACCAGCCGCAGAUCCCUUCAGCUCUACGGGCAAAGACACAGCUCAAGCAGACCCGUUCCCUCACUCGAUUAACGCCACUGGUGAUUCAGAUCCAUUUGGUUCUCAGUACACAGGCAAAGAUCCGUUUAGCACCUCUCCGCCCAGCGCUGGUCUGGCAUUGAAGGACCCAGCAGCAGCCAAUGACCCUUUCGCUCCAGGUGGUACCACAGUGAGCGCCAACUCGGACCCGGAUCCGUUUGCUGCUGUGUUUGGGAAUGAAUCAUUUGGAGGGGGCUUUGCUGACUUCAGUGCCCUGACGAAGUCAAACGGCGCCGAUCAGUUUGGCAUCAACAAUAAGAACUUGUUCCAGGUCGACAGCCAGCCCGCCAACACGGAAAUUCCCCCAGCCCUGCCUCCCAAAACGGGUACGCCCACUAGACCACCACCUCCACCUCCAGGUAAGAGAGCCUCCCUCUCCAGAACCGAGUCCGCCGACUCCUUCCACCGACGUGGCCACUUCCCUACGCAAACUUCGGGAGAGUUUUCCUCCUCUUCCUCCUCCUCCUCCCUGCCUGCUAAGGAUCCCGCAGCCGACCCCUUCGCCCCCUCUUCCCCUCCUCGUCAACAUGUUCAGGAAGCUGACCGAUUUGCCAGCUUUGACAAAUACCCAACGGAAGAAGACAUGAUCGAGUGGGCAAAACGCGAGAGCGAGCGCGAGGAGAAAGAGCGUCUGGCCAGGCUCACCCAGCAGGAACAAGAGGACCUGGAGUUGGCCAUCGCUCUCAGCAAAUCUGAACUCUCCUGAGGGGCUUCUCCCCCUCGGCCAUCACACCCCACCCGAAAAAAACCUCUCUCCUCCACUUUUCCCUCACCCCGCCCCGGCACAGCCACACGUGGCCUGUUUCAGAACCAAAGCGUCUUGGGGACCCUGUAGGACUAAUUCAGCACGUUCUUGGACUAAAGCAAUGUUGUCCUCCGGACUGUCUUUUCCAUCCUGUUGUGAGGAUGAACGGGGAAAACAGUGAUUUUGAGAGUUAUGUCCCUUUAUGACUUACUCCAGAAUGUAACUUAUUCUAAACCUGCACUCACACUUCUAGAGCUUUAUCCACUAACCUAACGCACUACAGUCCAUUUCAGAACAGCUCUUGCUCGUUUUGUGAAGAAUAUUAGCAGUAAAAAAUGUGUCAAAGUCAUCCAACUGGAAUGUAGAAGCCAUCAUGACUGAAUGUGAUUUUUAUCUCCUUCCCCUAGCCCCGCCCUCCCGCCCAAACCCGAUGACAACAAGCAGAUGUGAAGUGCAUGCCAGGUUCUUACUAAAAAAAAAAAAAAAAUUAUUAAACCACAUCCGGGCUGUAAGCCCAGCAUGGUUUAUCUGAGAAAAGCAUGAAACAAACGGCAUCCAAAUUAUUGUGAUAUGAAGCGAGCAUUAAGAUUCAACAUGAGUCUCUAUAUUUGCAGAUGUAAACUAAAUGUAACAUUUGAGAAACUAUAUCGUUGUUUUGCGGCAUCUUUUUAAAGACUGUCAUAACUUGAAUUUUGAUUUAGUUUGUUUUUUUUAAAUUUUAUAAAGAUGUCAAUUAAGGGUGCACCGUCAAGGUUUGGUGUAGCGACAGUUGGGCCGCGCUCUCGAAGCCCCAUUGCGUCUGCCUUUGCUCAACGCCACGACAGACUCCACUUGAACGCUGCUUUCCUAACUUUGUACAGCAAAAUGGAACAAAUGAAUGCAUAGAUCAUUAAAUGUACACAACUCU